UCAGCGGCUACGGCCUGGCCGCUGUGGCCUCUUGCUGUAGGAUGAAGAUGGCUGCGGAAAGCGAUGUACAGUCUGAGAUUGAAGUUCUCCAGUCCAUCUACUUGGAGGAGCUGAGGGUCAAUUCUAAAAGCAACGGCAGGGAAUGGGAGGUGAGCAUGGACCUGUACCCCUCCACUGCCGAGGACUCCCACUCGCAGUUUGUCCGACUCACCCUCACUUUAACUCUAGACACGCAGUAUCCUUCAUCUCCUCCCACCAUCUCGAUUCACAAUCCUCGGGGCCUUUCAGAUGACAAGCUACUCAGUGUCCAGCAGUGUCUGCAGGCAGAAGCUCAGUCAUGCCUUGGGGCCCCCGUGCUGUAUCAGCUCAUUGAGAAAGCCAAAGAGAUCCUGACAGAGAGCAAUAUUCCUCAUGGGAGCUGUGUCAUCUGCCUGUAUGGAUUCAAGGAAGGAGAAGUGUUCACAAAGACAAGCUGCUAUCAUUACUUCCACUCCCACUGCCUGGGCCGCUACAUUUCCCACUCCGAGACAGAGCUGAAAGAGAGGGAGAAAGAGAUGGAGGAAGACAAGAGCAGGGGGAGAAUGGAUGGGGAGGUGUUGUCAGUAGUGUGCCCAGUUUGCCGAGAGCCAUUAGCGUAUGAGCUGGAAGUCCUUCUAAACUCUCCUGCACCUCGUUUUCCUGCAAUGGACAGAACAGUCCUAGGGCAAGAGUUUCGAAAGAAGUGGGCAGAACUUCAAAGUAUAUUGGAGCGGCAAAAGGAAAGGGGUGGGGUUAUUGAUCCAGAAGCAGAAUCUAACCGAUUCCUAAUACACACCAAUGAGGCACCUACUGAUGCCAGCAGCAUUAGCCCUGCCUUGGAUACCCCUCUCAACCCAAUGCUUCCCUCCCCUCUCCCUCCUUCCACCAAUCAGAUUACAGCGCCUCAGGGUCCCCAGCUGCCUGGGCAUUCACAGUGCCGAAGUGGAUCUAGUAAUAAGAGGCGUGGCUACUCAAAGUGGAAUAGGAGACGUGAUAUCCAACGGGAACACAGGGAGAGACAAAGUGGCAUCUCAGAGGAGGAUAUCAGUAAACUCACACUCUCUUCGGAGAAGGAUUUUGCAUUCAAGGAGGGUGCAGCUGUUGCACACAACAGCCAAUUAGAAGUAAGGGUAAAGGAUGACCGAGAAGACGUUGUGCCACAGUCAAGCCAAUCAGGGAAUAUGCAGGCAGAGGAAUUUGUAAAUAUCAGCCAACCAGAAGCUGUAGUCCAUAGAGACGAACAAUCAGUAAACCUGUCAAGCCCGGACAUUUUAAAAUUUAACAAUCCAUUAGACUCAACUAUACCUGGGAGAGGGCGUGACCAGAAAUACAACCAAGGGGGCAGAGGGAGGAGAAGGGGUGCACGGAACUCAGGCCCACAUUUUAGACAUUAUGAGGACAGGAAUUUUCAAGGACUGGACCAAUCAGAGACUCCAAGGGACAGUGUGUAUCACAGGGGAGGACGAGGGUUAGGUUAUCGAGGAAGAAGAGGAGGAGGAGGAGAUUAUAGUACCCAUUUUAGAGGAGGAGGGCCAAGCAGGAAAACUGGGAGGGGUUUCACUCAGCGAGAGCAAGAAAAGGAUGUAGCAAGAGAUGGAAUGCUUUGAAGGAAAACAAAAGAGGGAGGUUUGCAGAAAAACAAUGAAGGAUGUACCUCUAUUCAAACCCAUCAGAAUAAACCUCUUCCCUGACUCUCAA